AUGGCAAAUGCAGAAUGGGGAAAUCAAACAUCCAUUAUGGAAUUCAUCCUUCUGGGAUUUGGGGAUUUCCCUGAACUGCACAUUCCUCUCUUCCUGGUUUUUGUAGUGAUCUACAUUGUGACCAUGGCUGGGAACAUCCUCAUCAUUGUGCUGGUUGUGGCUAAUCAGCACCUUCAUACCCCCAUGUACUUUUUCCUGGGAAACUUGUCCUGCUUGGAGACAUGCUACACCUCUACCAUCCUGCCCAAGAUGCUGAUCAGUUUGAUGACUGGGGAUAGAACCAUUUCUAUUAAUUGUUGCAUCUUACAAUUUUAUUUUUUUGGUUCUCUGGCAGCUACAGAAAGUUAUCUACUUGCCAUGAUGUCUUAUGAUCGAUAUUUAGCAAUAUGCAAACCUCUGCGUUAUGCAGUUCUAAUGAAUAAUAAGUACUGCCUUCAGCUUGUUUCUGGUUCUUGGAUAAGUGCUUUCUUAGCCAAUUUCUCAGUUAUAUUUUUGAUGUCGCAAUUAUUUUUUUGUGGCCCUCAUGAAAUUGACCAUUUCUUUUGUGAUUUCACUCCAGUUGUAAAACUUGCUUGCAGUGACACUCACCCAGUUGAAAUCGUUACUUUCUUCAUGGCUUUUAUAUUCACCAUAACUCCAUUUAUGUUAACUCUGUCAUCCUACAUCUAUAUCAUGAUUGCCAUCCUUAGAAUUCCUUCUGCCAAUGGGAGGCAAAAAGCGUUUUCCACUUGCUCUUCUCACCUCAUUGUUGUGAUCAUUUUCUAUGGAACAAUAAUAAUUGUCUAUAUGCUACCAGAUACCAAAACACUGAGAGACCUGAACAAAGUGUUCUCUGUCUGCUACACUGUUCUCACUCCACUGGUCAAUCCACUCAUCUACAGCCUAAGAAACAAAGAAGUACACAAAGCUCUGAGGAGUGUUCUCCCUAGAUUGAGAGCUUUUCUAAGAGCUAAAACAAUCAAGUUCGAUCCUCUUAAGUUCCAGUGA